CCACAGAGGGGGUGGGAUGUUGGAGGAGGAAGACUUUUAUCUCUUUAAAAAUAUAUCUAGCGUGAGCCCCUGGGGUGGGCCUCAGUAUCACAUAGCUCCGAAAUGGGCAUUUUACCUGCAGGCAAUAUUUAUGGGGGUGGUAUUUGUAAUUGGGACCCCGUUGAACACCAUUGUGCUAGUGGUUACCAUUAAAUACAAAAAGCUCCGACAGCCACUCAAUUAUAUCUUGGUAAAUAUAUCUGUAGCGGGUUUCUUUAUGUGCAUAUUUUCCAUAUUCACAGUUUUUGUAUCCAGCACACAAGGAUAUUUCGUCUUUGGGAAGACUGCCUGUGGACUAGAAGCAUUCACUGGAUCUGUCACAGGUCUGGUUACUGGGUGGUCCCUGGCAUUCUUGUCCUUUGAAAGAUACAUGGUUAUCUGCAAGCCGAUGGGGAGUUUCCACUUCAGUUCUAAGCAUGCUCUGGCGGUUGUGUUCGUCACCUGGAUCAUUGGGAUUGGAGUGGCUAUGCCCCCCUUCUUUGGUUGGAGCAGGUACCUCCCUGAAGGCUUGCAAUGUUCCUGUGGCCCAGACUGGUAUACAGUUGGCACUAAAUAUCACAGUGAAUAUUACACAUGGUUCAUAUUCAUCUUCUGCUUCGUCAUCCCUCUGUCCUUAAUUUGUUUCUCAUAUGGACAGCUGUUGGGGGCGCUGCGAGCGGUGGCUGCCCAGCAGCAGGAAUCUGCCAGCACACAGAAGGCUGAGAAAGAAGUGUCCCGCAUGGUGAUCGUUAUGAUUGGGUCCUUCUGUAUGUGUUAUGUUCCCUAUGCUGCCAUGGCCAUGUACAUGGUGACUAAUCGCAACCACGGGAUGGACCUGCGUUUUGUCACUAUUCCCGCGUUUUUCUCAAAGAGCGCCUGUGUCUACAACCCUAUCAUUUACUCUUUCAUGAACAAGCAGUUCCGAGGAUGCAUCAUGGAAACUGUGUGCGGGAAACCGAUGACUGAGGACUCUUCCCUCUCAACUUCCAGCCAAAGAACGGAGGUUUCCACAGUAGCUACAAGCCAGGUCAGCCCAUCCUCAAGCUAAACAUACAAAUGGCGCAAGUUGAACCAGUAAUCUGACUGCUCAAGAAUCAAUAACCAGUAAAGAUGGAGGCAAGCCUAGGGCUACGCUGUAUUUGUAUCUUUCAGCAGUUGUUGUUGGGUUUUAUCCAGUUUUUGAAAGAUAUACAGAGAUUUAUCAGAGCAUCCACUGGACAGGAAGAAAAUAUUUUUUUGACAAAAAGCAUUUUCUAUUUUACAAAUAUAAUCAUGUAUUUUCAAAUUGAACAUGUCUUA